AUGGCUGCUCAUGGUGCCUCUGCUGCUGCAGCAUCAGUUCUUGCUGCAGUAGUAGCAGCGGUUGUUGUUUGUUCAUCAGUGUUGCCUCGUGCUCUGGCCUCUGAUCCGAGCCCUCUCCAAGAUUUCUGCGUUGCUGAUAAACUCAGUAACGUGUUCGUGAAUGGGUUCGUCUGCAAGAACCCGAAGCAGGUGACGGCGAACGACUUCUUCUUCCGCGGGCUGAACGUGGCGGGCAACACGAUGAACGCGCAGGGGUCGGCGGUGACGCCGGUGACGGUGGUGGAGCUGCCGGGGCUCAACACGCUCGGCAUCUCGCUGGCGCGCAUCGACUUCGCCCCCAACGGCGGCCAGAACCCGCCGCACACGCACCCGCGCGCCACCGAGGUCCUCACCGUCGUCCAGGGCACCCUCCUCGUCGGCUUCGUCACCUCCAACCAGAACGGCAACCAGCUCGUCUCCAGGCAGCUCGGCGAGGGCGACGUCUUCGUCUUCCCCAUGGGCCUCAUCCACUUCCAGGUCAACAACGGCGCCGUCCCGGCCGUCGCCAUCGCCGGCCUUAGCAGCCAGAACCCCGGCGUCAUCACCAUCGCCAACGCCGUCUUCGGCUCCAACCCGCCCAUCCUCGACGACGUCCUCGCCAAGGCCUUCAUGAUCGACAAGGCGCAGGUCGACUGGAUCCAGGCCAAGUUCGCCGCGCCACCGGCUGCCUCCGGCGGCAUCGGCGGCGGAGGCGCCGGCGGCUUCAUCGGCGGCGGCGGUGGCUUCCCCGGCCGCGGCGCCCCAUAG